AUGCCCGAAAACAAGGACUUAGAAUCAACAAAUGCCUCAACACUAGCUUUGGAUAGCAACGUGGCAAUGAAGACUGAUGAAGCCACUGACGUACGAAAAGAAGCGGGUUUAGCAACUUGGUUAACAGUUGUGGCUCUAUUCAUCGCUGUCAUGAAUACAUGGGGUAUGAUUAUCUCAUUUGGUGUUUUUCAAACCUACUAUGUGUCGACAUUAAAUCAAUCACUCUCGGAUAUCGCAUGGAUUGGUUCGAUAGCUGUGUUCUUCCUCUUCUUCAUGGGCAUCAUUAGCGGCCGUCUCACAGAUGCAGGAUAUCACCGCAUCACAACACUCAUUGGUACGAUUCUGGUUGUGUUGGGAACUUUCACGACCUCUAUAUCCAAGACAUAUUGGCAAAUCUUUCUAGCCCAGGGAGUUUGUACUGGACUAGGUAACGGGUUUCUCCUCACACCUAUGUCAACCAUUGUCGCCAGUCAUUUUAGGAAAAAACUUCCGCUAGUUAUGGGAAUAGCGUCCUGUGGGAGCGUAACUGGAGGUCUAAUUUACCCUAGUAUGGUGCGAACACUCCUGCCAACAAUAGGAUUUGGAUGGACUUUGAGAGCCAUUGGUUUCAUACAAGCAGGGACUUUGGCAAUUGCACUGGUUUCUGCAAAACCCAAAUCAAUCUCCAAGAACACAGGUCCAAUCAUCGAUUUGAUGGUCUUCAAAGAACCCGCGUUUACUUUACUUCUCGUUGGGUCAUUUUUUGCUUUCCUAGGUGUCUUUUUCCCAUUCUUCUUCUUGAGUUCUUAUGCGCGGGAGAAACAAGGAAUGUCAUAUGAAGACUCUCUCAAUCUUACGCUCAUUUUGAACGGCAUAGGAUUUGCGGGUCGCUUGCUACCCAGUGUACUUGCCAGGUUCUUCGGAACUUUGAAUGUAUUCAUUGGAAUGGUAUUUUUUUCUGCGGUUUGUAUGUUUACUUGGAUACCGGUUCAUUCGACAACAGGGUUGUACGUAUGGACUGCUUUCAAUAGUAUGGCUGUAGGAGGAGUUCAAUCACUUUCAUUAGCUGUAGUACCUGUUAUCACUACAGACAUGUCAAAGAUUGGAGCGCGAUUAGGAAUCGUCUUCACAGCUAUUGGAAUUGGAGCGUUAAUUGGUUCUCCAAUCUGUGGUGUUAUUAUUGCUUCAAAUGACGGAUCGUAUACUGGAGCACAAGCUUUUUCUGGAGGUGUAUUGGUUUUAGGAGGCUCAAUCAUGAUCGGAGCACGAGAGGCCCAAAGACAAGAAAUUCAUAAUGACGUCUGGGCAAGGAUAUAA